AUGGACCAGUGCUUUUUCGGAACUUUGGGGUUGGUGAAGCAUUGGAAACGCGUACAUCCUUCUGGAAUGAAGCGGAAUGAAGGUCGAGAGGGCAUGUUGAAUACCGAUGGGACCGCUUCGACUACGGACACAUCUCAAAAUGUUCCGACAUUAGUGUUCAGUGAAUCCAAUUUCCGACCAGAAUGUCAACUUCCUCCUCACACUACUUUGCCCCAAGUACAGUCGCAUCAUAUUAUGAACCCACAAUGGCAAGGACAAUCUCCGUAUUACGACAUAUACCGCCAGCCUCCACCACGGUAUGGUAUGCACUUCCCCUUGGAAGAACUUCAAAUGCCGCAAGCUGGAUUUUCAAGACUGGACAUGCCCAGGGAAUACAACAGUCCCUUCAUGCAACAUGCUUGUAGUGGCAUAGUACACUUGCAACCCAACUUUCCGGCCCCUAUGGCAUAUAUUCCAGAUUGGUAUCAUGAGCCCCCAAUAGCGCAUUCAAUGAAUCAAGAUCCACAGCAUUACGGGAACUUUUACAGUGCUUUACGUAUAAAUGAGGUACAUAAUGACCUAGUUCGGCCAUUAAUUCUACAAUUCCUUUCUGUGAACAUCUCCUUUGUUCAUAAAGGAAUGAAUCGAUUCUCCAAGGGGCUCAAGCAUUUCCAUCUCCAGCAGACAUUCCGCUUCCGCGACUCGACAUCCGAUGAGGAAGAAGCUGAAGAACAAAGAAGAGACAACGCCAAAAAGGAAAAAGGAGGGAAGAGGAAGACCGUUGAAGAGAACGGGCAGAGACCUAAGGAUUUGCUAGGAGCAGAAAAUGACUCCAUCAAGCAAGGUCUCCUUAAUUUAAUUACAACGAAAGAAGGCUUGAUUGCGAAUGUUGGUCAUCUUUUGAGUACUGUGGAAAAACCUACUGACGAGAUUCCCAGGAUCCUUGAUGAAUACAUGUUUCUUCGCUCUGAAAAUCGUGUAUCAGUACACACUAUCACUCCUGACCAUCACAAAGGAAAUAAGACAGGUCCGAAAGGCUUCUCCAGACCUUCAGCAUAUUUGAAGCAAAAGGGAAGUCACAGGGGUCUAGGACAAAUGGCAUUGUAUGAAAUUCAUGCCGAGGAUGUAAUGAGAGACAUGGGAAGCCGAACAGCUAAAUGUAAGCUGUCCUUCGACUCUGUCCACGACGAAAAAGAGGACAAGUAUAUUAUACUUAUCGGCGCCAGUGGAGCAGGUAAGAGUACUCUGGUGAAUGCAUUUGUCAAUCACUUCUACGGCGUGGAUUGGGAGGACCCCUUUCGUUUGGUAUUGAUCCCCAACACUGAAACGAGGAAGUCAAAGGCUGAGAGUCAAACGUCCUGGAUAACAGCGUACACCUUCCCCUGGCAAGAUGGGUGCCGAGCCCCCUACAACCUGACCGUCGUCGACACUCCUGGAUUCGGAGACACAAAAGGAUUAGCUGCGGACAGGAGUGUCAUGACCCAGCUGCAGAAAUUUGUCAUGAAAACUAAUUCGGAAGGUUUAAAUCAUAUAGAUGGGAUCGGGUUUGUGCUUCAGGCAUCUAACGCCAGGUUGACCCCAACUGAGAAAUAUAUAUUCGACUCUCUCAUCUCUACUUUCGGGAAGGAUGUCGUCAACAACAUUUACCUAAUGAUUACAUUUGCAGAUAGCAAGACCCCGCCAGUUCUAGAGGCAGUCAAGGAAGCUAACAUACCAUUUGUGGAAUCAUUUCGCUUCAAUAACUCGGCCUUGUUUUCGCCCAACGAUGAGAAAGACAGCCAAGAUUUCCGAUUUGAUUCCAUGUUUUGGAAACUGGGCGCAAGGAGUUUCUCUAAAUCUACUCCUCUGAGUCUCCAGUUGAGCAAAGAAGUAUUGAAGGAGAGACAGGCUCUUGAAGCAACCAUUCAAGGGAUCCAGAAUCGUAUCCAUGAUGAGAGACAUGGAAAGCUGAAACCUGGCAAGAACGUGACUCCUGAAGCAUUGAGCUCAAAUCAUGAUUAUCGAAAAGCAGAAUGCGACAUAUUUGGCCCUCAAAGUGGCCAUUGCAAUGUGUGUCCUUUCAAGUGCCAUUGGAAAGAGCAUGUCAUCAGUACACAUUAUUUGGAGAAGCACAUCGUGAAGGAAACCAAGACUCUAGAAUACCUAAAGCGUUCCUACGGGGAAGGUAUUCAAGGAAAGGUGAAUGUGAAACAAUUAAAGAAAGCCUCUAGCCAAAAAUGUGCAGAAAUCCAGUCGGAGAUUCUAGAUCUUGUAAAGGAUGCCCAUCAGAAACUCUGCAUGUUGCAUGACAACACGAUGAAGCCUGACCCCAUUCCCAUCACAGACUACAUGGAUCUUUUGAUUUCGUCAGAAACGCUACAAAGAAAGCAAGAAUGGAUGGAACGUGUCCAAGUAUUGCAGGAAAUACGUGAGCAUAUGAGAGAGGACGGAACAUUUCUCAGAGUUGAAGGAGAAAGCAUAGGAACUAUUAAUUCAGAAGCUGCCCAAACUCGUAAAACUUCUCAACAUGAUCCCAGCGAGGAAGAAGCAAUCGAUUCGGUAGAUGGUCACAAAGUUCAACAGUCCCUUCUUCAGCCAGUUAUAGCUGACGUCCGAGUCGAUCGAUGGUUUAUCCAUGAUCUUGGGAUGCUGGCCGUGAAGCGGUUUCUCCUUCCAUCGUGCUUCUCUUUGUCCUUGGUCUGCCGUCUUCACAUCCUUCGUGUCGCAGUCGUCAGGGAGAUGGAGUGCAUUUUGGAAGCGGGUGGCAUCUCCCUGGAUGGAGUGGGACUUCUUCAGGGCAUCUCGUUCUCUAAGGAUGGAAAUGAGUCUUCCCUGCUUCCGUUCAAUGUAUCUGGCGACUUCGCACGUCGUCCGCUUAUAGAGGGACUCGAGUUCGAUCAGUCCCCUCCCUCCCUUGCAUCUCGGAAGGUAGAGUCUCUCAACGGCAGCCUUCGGAUGGUGGGUGUGAUGCAUGGUCAGGAGUUUUCUGGUCGCUCGAUCGAUGGCUUGGAGUUCCGUAGGUGA